UUUCCCGGGCGCCCGGCUCUGUUUUACCGGAAAGGAGCAUGUGGGUGUGCAGCACACAGUACUGGGCUAGAGCCCAGGCUCGGCCACUGCGGUUGGUUCUACCCGGUUCGGGCCGCCAUGGGCCGACCGCCUCCUCCUACUCCGCAUCCACCCAGCCCUCCCGGGUCCAGGCCUUGGUCUAUGCGCACCACGGAGAUCCAGCCAAGGUCGUCGAACUGAAGAAUCUGGAGCUGGCUGCUGUGGGUGGAUCAGACGUCCACGUGAAGAUGCUGGCGGCCCCUAUCAAUCCAUCUGACAUAAAUAUGAUCCAAGGAAAUUACGGCCUCCUUCCCCCACUGCCUGCUGUUGGAGGGAACGAAGGAGUUGGACAGGUGGUGGCAGUGGGCAGCACUGUGACCAGGGUGAAGCCAGGAGACUGGGUGAUUCCAGCAAAUGCCGGCUUGGGAACCUGGCGGACUGAGGCGGUGUUCAGUGAGGAAGCACUGAUGGGAAUUUCGAGUGACAUCCCUCUUCAGAGUGCUGCCACCCUGGGUGUCAACCCCUGCACGGCCUACCGGAUGUUGAUGGACUUUGAGCAGCUGCGGCCAGGAGACUCUGUCAUCCAGAAUGCAUCCAACAGUGGAGUGGGGCAAGCAGUCAUCCAGAUCGCCGCAGCCCUGGGCCUGAGGACCAUCAAUGUGGUCCGAGACAGACCUGACAUCCAGAAGCUAAGCAACAGACUGAAGAAUCUGGGGGCUGAGCAUGUCAUCACAGAGGAGGAACUUAGGAAGCCUGAGAUGAAAAGCUUCUGGAAGGACAUGCCUCAGCCCCGGCUUGCUCUCAACUGUGUUGGCGGGAAAAGCUCCACAGAACUGCUGCGGCACUUAGCGCCUAGAGGAACCAUGGUGACCUAUGGGGGAAUGGCCAAACAGCCCAUCAUAGCCUCUGUGAGCCAGCUCAUCUUUAAGGAUAUCAAACUUCGGGGCUUUUGGUUGUCCCAGUGGAAGAAGGACCACAGUCCAGUUGGUGUGCCAGGCACACCACCUCCCUCCCUGUGUGCCUCUUCUGGCUUCCUGCCUCACAGGAAUCCUACCUCCCGCCAUUCAGGACUCCUGGUUCCACCUCAGUCAGGGAACUAUAAAGAAGAGAAGAGAAACUAGAUGAAUUGACUUACCAAUGAUACUUUGAGGUGGCAACAGAGACCUCUGCCCUUGUGAGAAAAACAAGUCAAGGCUGGCGACAGAGAAUCCACUGACAUUCAGCAGAUGGCCCAGAUUUUGUGCAAACAUCCUGCUCUGGGGGCUUGCUGAUUAACCAACCAUUUGCCCAAAUGUCCUGCUCCUGGGGCUUGCUGAUAACUGGCCAUUUGCCCAAAGACAUUCCACCCCAAAUGACUCAUACCUACCCCUCACCCAUCCUCUCCUCUGAGCUGCCAUAUAAGCUGUCUCCAAAACUGCAACUCCCUGAGCAGCCCUCCAUUCUGAGACUGCUCCACCUGCAUGUUGCUUUUGCUCAGUAAAACCCUUUCGUUGCCUUUGCAGCAGAUCCCUUGGUUAUUUCAUUUGUCGACAGUCCUAAAUAUGUUUAAAGAGCUAAAGGAAAACAUGGAUGAAGAACUAAAGGAAAUCAGAUCAGGAAAACAGUAGAUGACCACAAAGAGAAUAUCAAUAUAGAGAUGGAAAUUAUGAAAAGGAACCAAACAGAAUGAA